AUGUACCUCACCCGUGACUCUCCAUCUGUGAGAAGGACGCAAUGCAGUGGUAGGAAACACAAAGAGGACGUGAAGGACUGCUCUCAGAAAUGGAUGGAAGAGCAGGCUCAGAGCCUGACUGACAAAACACCGGGUCCUCCUCGCCCUGGUAUGAUGCCAGCACCCCAUAUGGUAGGCCCGCCCAUGAUGCCAAUGAUGAGUCCUUCUCCUCCUGGGUAUUGCCAGUUGGGACCUGCUUCUAGAAUGAGGCCACAGAUUGGAGGGCACAUGCCAGUGAUGCCUGAGCCCCCAAGACAAGACCUGCUGCCCACCCUGUGA